AUGUCGCCGGAAGAGACUAAGAAGGAGAUGAUGUCCAAUGCAGCUGGUGAACUGCGGGUUGAAGUCAAUCAAAGGCGCUUGAUUUUUAAUAUGCUAGCACGUUAUCCGUCUGAGUUUGUGGUAUACCGAGGAUUAUUGCAAAACGCAGGUUCGAACCUUUUGCAAUGGCUACUGAUUUUUCUUGAACUAACGAAGAUUCUGUUAAAAGAUGAUGCAAAGGCCUCAAGUGUCAAGAUCUCAUUUAAAUGCGAUAGUCCAGACAUUUCAAAAAAGUGCGAGAGAAUAGUAUUCAAGAACAAUGGGUUCGCUUUUCGACCCCAAGAUUGGAAUCGAUUAAAGAAGAUUGCUGAGGGAAAUCCAGAUGAACAAAAGAUUGGCGCUUUCGGUGUUGGAUUUUAUUCAUUGUUUUCAAAGUGCGAAGAGCCAUUUGUGAGUUCCGGCGGGCAGGCUAUGGUGUUUUAUUGGUGCGGUGAUCAGUUGUUUGCGAAAUUUAAUCCGAAAGUCUUGGGUGACUCAGAGUGGACUACAUUUUUAAUGGAAUUACGAAAACCUUCAGAGGUUCCCGAUUUGACUGAAUUUAGUCGGUUCCUGGUUACCUCUUUAGGAUUUACAGUUAACCUUCGCGAGAUUUUGGUGUAUUGCAAUGACCUAGCCGUGAUUCAUAUUUCAAAGCAAAUGGGUAGCCCACGACCGGUGGAAAUCCAGUCGAACAUAAACAGGAAUUCUCCGUUGAAUAUGUUUAAACUUAAAUCGAUUGAUAUGCGUGGUGUAUUAUUCAGCAUACGUAGGAUGGUAUUUCCGACAGGUGCAUCACCAUUUAAGUCACUUAGCAUCUGUUCUGUAGAAAAAGAUUCAAUACGCCUUCGAAUUGUCAGUGGUGACAUGGAUGUUAAUAUAAAGGAAGAGUUUAUAGCAGAGAUGGAGCGGAUAACUAAGAAAAAACCCCCAAGCCAAACUACCAUGCAAUUGAUUUUUUCUAGUUAUGAUGAUAUCCCCAAACACAAGACGUCCUAUGCUUUUAGUGAUCUUCUACAAUAUUCCGAACAAGGAAGAGUUUUUAUCGGUUUUCGUACGCACCAAACAACUGGUUGUUUUGCACAUUUGGCAGCAAGAGUUAUUCCAACUGUCGAACGUGAGUCAAUAGAUUUGGCCGAGAAAACAUUGGCCGUGUAUAACAGCGAACUUCUAGGAUUAUCCGGAGUAAUGUUUCGCAUCUUAUAUGAACAUGAGAUGAAUUUAAUAGGAAAAUUAUAUGGAAAAAGUGGGUCAGACAGAGCAUUACUUGAAAGACGUGCGGUGUAUACCCUCUCUUCGUCAAAAUUAUCGAUCUUAUCUACGCACGGUGUCAGACCGAUUAACGCGGUACGGUUACUUAGUCCUGAAAUGAGCUUAUUUAUUAAAACAAUUCCAUCAGUCCCGAAAUCUGUGUUAGAUUGUUGCAUAAAGUUUUUUAUGAGAGCAAAAGACAUAACGAACCAAAUUUAUGAAGCCACCAUUGAAGAUGUAUUUUUGGAGUUAAAAAGUCGAACCAUGAAUCAAGACGAGAUGGCGGAUCUGAUGAAAUGGUGGAUAUUGUACUUCACACAUUCGGAAAACAAAAACAUCUCUUCAUAUUUAAGUAAAUUCUUGCAGUUGGCAGCUGUACGCGUGGGAAAUAAUUUGCUACUUCUAAAGAAUGUUCUUUACUACAUAAACCCGAGUGUAAUUUUAGCCGAUAUGGACCUUCCGCCUAGUGUACUACCACAUUCUAUUAGCAAGAAGAUCAAAUGCGAAGAUUUCCAAAAAUUCUUUGGAAAAUGGACAGAAUUUACUCUCGUUAGAUGGAUCCGGUAUAUUGCUGAGAAACAAGAAUUGGAAAAUGAUCCUCAAUUUAACGAAAAAUUUUGGAAGACUUUUUCACGAAGAUUUGAUUCUAUGAAUAAAAUCGAUAAAGUCGCAAUAUGCAACCUGCUCUCUAAAAAAAAGUUUGUUCCUACAAAAUUUGGACUUAAAAAGCCAGCCGAAUCUUAUUUUCCUGAAGUGACUCUGUUCUCAGAUUUGCCAACAGUUCAAAUGUCCUUCAAGGUUUCUGAGAAGGUUUUCACAGGAUUAGGAGUACGUGAUCAUGUAGAGUUACAAUUUGUUUUAGACCGUCUUGUGAAUCCGAAAAACCUAGAUCACAUGGAGCUCGUAAAGUAUUUUGGAAAACUGAUGAAGGAUAAGAAACUUACAACGACUGAUAUCAUAAAGUUAAAGACAACAGAAAUUUGGAUAGCAGAACAACCACGAAAAGAUUCAGACACUGGAUAUUCAGUGGAUAGUGCGAGUAAAUCGCAGUCUAAUGUUCAAAGAUAUCGAGCGGAGAGUUCGUACGCCCCACAAAGACAUCGAUUGCUGAGUCUAUAUGCUCCACAAAGAUAUCUAGUAGAAAGUCUGUACGUUCCACAAAGAUAUCGAGCGGACAGUCUAUAUGCUCCACAAAUCCAUAAUCGAGAACUUGGAUUGCCAAUAAUCCAGUGGGAUAAGAGAUGGUAUAGUAAAUCGGACGAAGCCAAAUUUCUUAUAGAUAUUGGUCUAAACGAGCAUCCACCCUUGCAAGUCAUCCUUAAGCUUGCUUCACCAAUAACAAUGCUUUCGAUUCGUGAUAAAGCGCUCAAAUAUUUCGUGGAAAAUUUUAAGAACAGAUAUUCUCAAAAUUAUAAUGCGAAUACUGUUCAAUUUAAGUUCUUGCCUUGCACUAAACUUGACGUUUAUGCAAAACCAUUGGAAUGUUUUUCCAAUCCAGAAUGCGAUGUGAUGGGAUUUAAUGUUUUACGCCAAGAUUUGCGCUUUCAAGCCGAAGAAUUGGGUAUUAAGCAGCAUCCGAGUGGAAAGCAACUAAUCGACAAGCUGUUGGAUCCACCGAAGAGCGUGAAUGAUGCCAGAUCGAUUUUCAAUUAUUUAGCAUCACGGCAAGGUGAUUUUGAUCAUUGGGAUUGGAAAAAACUUGGAACUCUCAAGUUCAUACCCAUUCAGAAUAAAGGCUAUCCCUAUAAAGUCAUUCACAAAUCGCCACGAAAUUGCUUUUUCAAAAGUUCAGAAGAAAUCUUUUCCGAAUUUUUCUUUUGCAUCGACUUUGGAGAAAGAGCAAACAGAUUUUUAGAAGCAUGUGGCACAAAAAAUAAGCCAACAAUAGUUCAUUUUGCGGAAUUCUUAGUCGAAUCAUCUCAGAUAUUUUGGAAUAAAUUAAAAAACACAAAUGAUAAUGAAAAAAAGUACGCAACGGUUCUUGAAAAUAUCUCUCGUAACUUGGAUGUAAUCUCUGAGGAGCCGGAAUUGUUGGAUAAAAUGAAGCGAAGCCCGAUCUUAAUAUGCUCGACGCAAGGAAUUGACAACAAAACCAAAAGUUUUAAUUUGGACGUUGCAGCGAAGAUAUUUAUUAAUGACAAGGAUCAAUACAAGCAAAUUUUUAAUCCUCCUAUUUGCCCAUUUGAUGAUGCAUACGUUGUUGCACUUUACAAGGCAUUGGGGUGUAGGUCGCUCAAUGAAAGUGUAAUGGCAACUCCUCAAAUUGACGAAGAAAAAGCGAAAAAUUCAUUUUUUUCUGACGACGUACGUGAAAUAAUAUCAAAACGUAUACCUCUAUACUACGAUAAAUUCGAGAACGGUGCAAUCAAAAAAGACGAAAAUUGGUUAAGAAUGCUAAUAGUCAAAGAAAUCAACCAGAUUACUAUAAAAUAUGAAUUUCAAAAUAUCGUCGAAUACAAAUCAGCGUAUGCCAGUUUCCAUCCCAAUAAUCGCUUUAAACUCUAUAUUACCCGCAAAAAUGGCGAUUUGUAUUUUCCGGACAUUGCAAUGGCUUUAGUUGAACAUAUUCAUAAAAAAUCCUCUGCUGAUCCUUCACGUAUGAUUGUGAUGUUAACAUCAUCUCUAGAAGACUUGCAACGAAUAGGGUAUUCAUCUGACCGAGGAAUAAAGGGUAUAAUGAACACAUCAGCUUUUGUUGAAAGUAAUCAAAAACAACCCGACAGAUCAGAUUCUAUUAAGAAAGGUAUGCAUAAGAAAUUAAGUGAUGCUAUCAAAUCUUGUCGUUCUAACUCUCGAGGCGCGAUCAACGGUCAAGGAUAUAAGGUUGAGGCAACAAAUAAUUCAACAUAUUGUGAUGUUUCUACAGCACAAUCAUUAGAAUACGUUGGAAACGAAGGUGUAAUUGAAAUUUACGUUGCAAAAGGUUCCCCCAACAUCUUGACAACAACAAUGAUUAGGCCUUUAAAAAGCUUUUCGACUCUUUUAAUUGAUAUCGCUGAUAUCUUCGGCCUCGAACAUAACAGAAUCCAUAUAUUCUAUGAAAAAGAUACCACGACGGUUGCCUUCAACUGUCAGAGCACCUUAUUUUUUAACUUGAAAACAUAUAUUGAAUCGCACUAUUUUGAAGGUUCAAAGCCAUCGAUCGAAGCUAUGUCUUCUUGGUUUUUAACGAUGUGUCAUGAGUUGGCACACAAUCUUGUUAGUGUACAUAGCGCCGAACAUGAGCAAUAUUUGCAAGGAUAUGCAAAAGAAUUCAUGAAGAAUUUUAUAAAUAAGUUAAGGCAGAGAGAAAUUCGGAAUUAA